CCAGUUUUCGGCUCGAGGGCAUGGCCCAGAGAUGGCACAGACUUCCCCUGAGCCUGCGGCUCCUGCUCCGCCGCGCCUCCGCGGCGGUCGCGCGCGCGGCGAGACAGUCCGCCGCGUGCCAGAUAGUGGUGCUGGCCGUCCUCCCGUUCUUGGCCGUCUCCGCCCUCUGGUGGACCCUCGGGGCGGACCUCGACCUCCUGGUCGAGGAGGGCCCCGCCCCGUGCGCUGGAGGAUCGGCGACGGAGCUGCUGCGCGUUUGCAUCGUGGCUUCUUCCUUCCAGGGCGUUGUGACCAGUUCUGGCAUCGGCACCUUCUACAGUGCUCUCGCGGAGGCGCUCGCAGGGGCCGGUCACAGCGUGACGCUCCUCUUCACGCAGGGCAAUGUCUCGCACAGUGUGGAGGGGGAUUUUGAUUAUUGGCGCGCCCAGUACAUGCAGAUGGGGAUCGAGUUGAUACCCCUCCUGCAGACGUUUCAGGGCCAGGUGGACGGCGUGAUGUUUCACGCGAAGACCGCCUGGAGCGUGUACAGGUGGCUGCGCGAGCGCUCUCACCUGUUCGACGUCGUCCACGUGCACGAUUACCAGGGGUACGGGUACUACACCGUGCUCGCCAAGUACCUGCGCAUCGCGUUCAACGCGACGACGGUCGUCGUCAUGACCCACGGGCCGCUGCGGUGGGCGCGAACUGCGAACGGCCAGCAGCUAGACACACUCCUCGACGCCGAGGUGGACUUCCUGGAGCAGCAGACGGUCCGCCUGGCUGACGUCGUGGUCAGCCCCAGCGAGUAUUUGCUGCGGUGGGCUGGCAUGCAGGGCUGGAAUCCGCACACCACGCCGCAGGUCAUGCCUCUGCUGGUGCCAAGUGAGGCCCGCAAGCGCCUAGAGCAGAUGGCGGCGGCCGCCGGCGCGGCCGACGUCUCGGGGCCCAGGCGGAUCGACGAGCUCGUGUUCUUCGGGCGCCUGGAGGGGCGCAAGGGCAUCGUCGACUUCUGCGACGCGGUGGACAUCUUGCUGGAGCGCGGCGGCAGCCGCCUCUCGAGGGUGGCGUUCCUCGGCGGCUCUGCGAGCACCAUCCUCGGGAAGCCGAGCCGGGAGUACCUCAUCCCGCGCACGGGCGCCUGGCGUGGGAAGGGCGUCGAGGUCGAAAUCGUAGACGACCGGGACACCGGCGGGGCGCUCACCUACCUGCUCGGUGGUGGGGGGCGCCGGUGCGCCGUUCUGCCGUCUAGGUCCGAGAACUCCCCCAUGGCGGUCACGGAGCUGCUGACGGCCAAGGUGCCGUUCCUGGCGGCGAACGUCGGCGGCAUCCCCGAGCUCAUCGCUUCCGAGAGCCACGCGACGUCUCUCUUCCAGGCCAACAACGUGACCGCGCUCGCGGAGGCCAUCGCCAGGGCGUUGGAUCACGGCGUCACCGUCGCGCGGGCCGCGCGGUCGCUAGGCGACCUCGAGUCCAUGUGGCUGCAGUGGCACCGCCGGUUGGGCGGGGGCGGCAACUGCGCGCCGCCGCGCCCGGCGUGGCGGGCCGCGGGGCGGCUGCGCGGCGUCCCGCUGCUGCUCGCUGGGGGCGCCCGCGCGGCGCAGGGGCCCCGGCCUUCAGUGGUCGCUGUCGUGCUGCACUCGACGCAGAGGCCCGCCGAUCUAAAGGCGACCGUCCUGAGCCUGCUGGAUCAGGAGAUGGUGGUGGGCACUUGCAUGGUCUUGGUGGGCACGGUCACGGAGGACAGCGAGCGGGUCGCCAGGCUGCUUUCGGAGGGCAACCAGUCGCGAGGCGGGCUACCGAGCGCCAGCGUGGUGUGGGCCACUCGGCGGAGUGACGGCAUCCGCGAGUGCGCGGCGGCAAGGGGUUCGUCGAUGGUGUUGCUGCUGGAGGCUGGCGCCGUGCUCAAGGCCGGGGCAGUGAGGACCCUGGCCUCCAGCCUGGUCAUUGGUGACGGCGGCACCACCGCCGCCGCCCACUCGUACGGCGGCGAUGUGAAGUUCGACGCGUGCUCGACGCCGCAGGACGUCCGGGGUGCGCUGGCCAGCCGAAGCGACCGCACGCGGCUCUUCCUCGGCCCAGCCCUGCGCGCCGGCAUCUUCGGCAACGUCUUCGGGGGCGACGUGGUGUUGCUGUCGCCCGCCACCGUCCAGGCGCUCGCGGCCGCCGGGUCGCUGGGCGAGGGCAGGGGCUUCUGGGAGCCCCUGGCGGCCGCGGCGGUGACGGGCCAGGACGUGCAGGCCCUGCCCGAGCCGCUGUACUGGAUGCGCGCCGUCAGGUCGCCGCCGCUCAGCAUGAGCGAGCUGAGGAGGCUGCUGCGCCCGCUGCGCCACAACUUCAGCAACGCGGUGCUGCGCGAGGUGCUCAAGAGCAGCACGGAGGGCGUGGCAUCCAUCAUGGGCGCUAGUGGGCUCCCGAUGUCCAUCGUCGAGUACUGAUACCGCCUUUCCCCCCCGCCGGGGGGGGGAUGCUGGCAAUAUAGUUUUGAAUCACACUCGGGGAUGAGAGUUCUCAUCAGACCACUUUGGCAAGCUGGCAGUGGUUGCCAGUGCCUGCGUGGUCAGUCAUCGUAGCUCUUCAUGGGCAGUGAUGGUCCAGCUUACUAUAGAGGUGAUGGUCCAGUUUGUUAUCGAGGGGCUUCAUCUUCAUGUGUUAGAGCUCCUGGCAGUAGGUAGUAGUAUUGACAGGGCUGUGCGAUUUGCGCCUGCACGGACGGUUGCUGCCGUACGUAAAGCGUACAGUGCAGGUCUAUUUGCCGAAGUGCCAAUCGCAAAGUGUGCAAUGCGUACUCAGUUGCGUUAGUCGCUCGAGUGGCCAAACGUUGAAACAUGUCGCACGUCCUCCCUCC